CCGGUAAGAAAUUUAGUGUGCGUUGUCGCGAAAUCGAAAGUUUUACACCAGCUUUCUGCGAUCACAAUAUUGAUCAUUAGGAGUUUUGUACUAAUUUCUUAAAAAUGACGUGUUAAAGAAAAGUAAUGGUUCUAAAAUUCUUUCAGAUAAAAAGCAUCUUACUCAGCAGCUGAAAUUUAUAUCUAGUCAGAAAUUAUAUAUUACAACUUGCAAUAUGGAUGCAAAUACAGAAAACAAAACUGAACCGAAUGCUACUCCUAACAGUACAUAUGCUGAAGUACUUGCUAAAAGCAAAACAUCUUCAGUUGAUGCUUCAAACAACAAUCCCAUAUCAAACCACAGUAUUUCAAAUGGAAAUGAACAGUUGUUAGGUGUUAAUAAUUCAAAUAAUAAUGAAGAUGGUGCCAUAUUAGAUGAUAGUAAAAAUUCUAAUCAAUCCAGUAAUGCCAGCUCACUUAAUGAUAGUUUUGAAGAUGCUGAAGAUAGUCAAUUAGAUUUCAAUUCUUCAGCUUCUAAACAUCUAAGUAGUGAUAUCAAAACUAGUGAGGAGAUAGAAGAUUCUACUGUUUCAGGAGAAGUUCCAACUACCAGCGAUGAUAAAACGUCGAGUGCUUUAGAAAUGAAUGAAUCCAAUUCAUCUGUUGAUAGCAAUAACAGUGGAGAGGAAUCAGAUUUGGAAGAUGAAAGGAACAAUCUAGACACUUUAUUCCCUACUGCUUUGAAAUGGAAAUUUCGUCCUAGUAAUCCAGUAGGAAAUCUUCCAGAAACUGUUACAGUUCUUGAAACAGAUUAUGGCUCAAAAGUUUAUUUAGUUGGAACUGCCCAUUUUAGCUUAGAAAGCCAAGAAGAUGUUGCCAAAACAAUACAAGCUGUCCAACCAGAUAGUGUUAUGAUAGAAUUGUGCAAAAGUCGAGUUAAUAUGUUAUCACUUGAUGAAGCUACUAUUUUAGAAGAAGCCAAAGGUCUGAGCUUCCAGAAAAUUGCAACAACUCUUGAACAAAAUGGUUUAUUACAAGGUGUGCUGUAUUUUCUUCUCCUAAGUAUGUCAGCUCAUUUAACCAAACAAUUAGGUAUGGCUCCAGGUGGUGAAUUUAGAAGAGCUUACAAUGAGGCCCAGAAAGUUCCUGGUUGUGUUGUUCACUUAGGAGAUCGUCCAAUUCAUAUAACUCUUCAAAGAGCUUUGGCAAAAUUAUCAUUGUGGCAAAAAAUUCGAAUUGCUUGGCAUAUGUUACGGGCUAAAGGACCUAUAAGCAAGGAAGAAGUUGAACGUUGUAAGCAGAAAGAUUUGUUAGAAGAAAUGUUAGCUGAAAUGACUGGAGAGUUUCCUGAAUUAAGUCAAGUUUUUGUAACUGAACGUGACAUUUAUCUGACCUACUCUUUGCAGAUGGCUGCACUUCCUCAACUAUCUCCUCAUUCACAUGAAGUUGCCACCCCAAGCACUGUUGUAGGUGUAGUUGGUAUUGGCCAUGUUCCAGGCAUUAAAGAAAGAUGGGGAAAAGUUAGAGAUGAAGAUAUACCUGCUAUUUUGCACAUUCCUGAAUCUUCUAGAACCAGCAAAAUCAUCCGAAAAUGCAUCCGUUUUAGCGUCUAUGGCCUGGGACUGUAUGGGCUUUACAAAAUUAUCCCAAGAUCACUAGUACCAAAGAGACUGUGGCUGACUAAUCUCUCUAAUUCUGUGUUUUAAAGCAUUUCAUUCAGGAAAUCAUUACUAACAAAAGCAUUCAAAGUUUAUCAUAUAAAACAGAAUCUUAACUAUUAAUAAUGGCCAUUAAGUUGUGGAAGUACUGGUCAUUUUAUACUUUUUUUAUAUUGAGGAUUUGAUCAAAAAUAUACCAGCUAUGUACAAAUCCAAUCAAAAUAUGCUUGCAUUUUAUUUAACAAUUAUUGUGACUGAUUAAUUUAAUUUUUAAUGUUAUCUCUUUUAAAUGAAGACAAGUCCAACUAUUUUGUAUGCAAGAAAAAUUAUUGAAUCAUUUAACUGUUGUACUCAUUGUACAAAACAGUACAAUCUCUUCAAGAUGAUAGAAAUUAGAUUUCACUGAGUUGGAAAGUAGAAUUGGGUGAUUGAAUAUAUAUUCCUUAACUCAUUUUAUUUUGCUGUUUGUUGAAAUUGCUGUAUAUGAAAUUUGUUUGUUUGUGUUUCUCGAUCUUCUAGCAUUAAUUAUUUGAAUAAUGUCAGAAAGUGUAUAUUUUUUAAAACUAAAGACACAUAACAUAUGAAGUUAUCAUUGUAGGAUGUAUCACCAAAGUAUUUUUCAUGCUUUUAUUGAGUAUUCUCACAAAAUGCUGCACAAAAACAUGCAGAUGCUGUUCAAGUUUUUUAAAAAUUACUCUCAAAUCGUCAUUUUGAAUGUACCCAUAUAUGAAAAUUUUUGUAUCUGUGAUUUUAUCAGUAUAUCAUAUAUGAGGGUUACUUUCCAUAAUAAAUUUAAUGGACACAAUAGUCUAUUGGUAUGGGCUUGAUUUUUUUAAUGAGAGAAUUCCAAAUUUGAAAUCUAAAUCUCCCAUUAUGUGAUUAACAUUUUUUGAGGAUAAAACAUUCUUCUUUUGGUGCGAUACUGAAGUUUGGCAUGGGAAUAUCAAUUCGAGUAAUCUGACCACGGUUCAUAAUUAAGAGAUCCUUGUCCAUAUAACCUUUGUGUUGCUUCCGAACAGAAUAUUAAUAGAACUAAUCUCUACUAGUAAUAAAGAUGAAUGUGUGUGUAUCAGCAUUCAACAGACCAGAGUUUGAACUACAGCUAUUACAUUUGGCACAUAUGUUUGGCACAUAUAGGAUGAAAAUGUGCAUCUCGAAGCAAGUUUUAAAAUUUUUUAAUUAAUUUAAAGUUAAGCUGAAUUUUGGUAUUUUGCUGCAGUAACUUGCAAAAAAAUUUUUAGCACUAAAAGGAAUUUUACUUCUUUUUAAAAUUUAAAAAAGAAAGUCUUUUUAAUGAUGCUAAUUUAAAAGGUGUGUGAACUUUUAAUAAAUUUUGGUUGGCAAUUUUUAAAAAAUAUUUUUUGUUUAAUUUUUAAUAAUGGAGUAAAUUGUUCCUCUGAAAUUCAAAUUGUUUUCAUUGUUUCAUAAUCUAAUCAAUCACUUGAUUUUUUGUCAUUGUUAAAAGUUAAAGUAUAAAUAUUUUGUUUUGUGUCUGUGUAGUUUAUUACAGGAUAGAUAAAAAAAGUGAGCACAUUACUGUAAAAUUUUUAUGAUAAUUGAACCAUACAUUUUUAAUUUUCUUGAUGUCAUUGAACUGAUAUCCAUUGGAAAGGUACAUUUACACAAUGAAUGGAUCAUAUGCAAAGUAAUGCAUCUUGAAUAUAUGGCAAUUUCAUGGUGUAAUGGAUACAAAUUUAUAUCUGAAUAAUUUAACUAAAUUUAAAGAUAAUCAAUAUCUUUGGGGAGCUGGUCACCAAAGGCAUUUCAUACAUAAUAACAUGGAAUGAUUCUUGUAUCACUUUGGCAAUUUCCUCUUAGACAGUCAUAGAACUCUGCCUUUUUCAUGUAAAAGCAGUUUUCAUAAAAAAUGGUAAUGGCACUUGCAGUGACCAUUAAUUUUGUAAAAUUGUAUUAAUUUUGUACAUUAAGGAAAGCUGGACUUGUCAAUCCAUAUAAUCAUUAACUAUUCUGAAAUCAGAGUAAAGGUAUACUCUUUAUUUCAAAAAAUCCCAUUUAAAUAUAUUUUAAUAAUUUGCAUUAUCGUAUGAAAAAUGUUGAAAAUUUUUUUUUUCAACUCGUAUCUCAAAGGUUUUUCUUUUUUGGUACUAGUUUCUUUAAAACUUUAUUCAUCUUUUGGAUAUUUUCCAAAAUGCAUCAUAUUGUCUUUUGUUGUCAAAUAUUGCUGGUCUAAUCUUAUAAAAAUAUGCAGUCAUCAAUUUACUUUUCAGUUGUGUUUAUGAUUAUGUUUCCAAUUUAUUAUAAUUCUUUAUAGUAAUUUUGCUAUCUUUAUAUCAAAAAUACAAAUAAUUGAUUAUUUGAUCAUAAUUUUAAUAAAAAUCCUUUCACCUAUGUUCAAAAUUUAGAUUCAAUUAAUUAUUUUGAAUUUGCUGGUGUUGCCAUAAUAGGAUACUAAACAUAAGAGAUUGUACUGUACUUAAUUCAGCAAAGAUUAUAAAUACUAAUUUUUUCCCCCAUUUUUUUUUCUAUGUGUAUUUUGAGUUAAAUUUCAUUGAAGUUCCUUUAUGUAAUGCUCAAUGAUAAGUCAUUUUAAUUGCAAGUUAAAAGCAUUGUUUUAUUCAUUUAUUUUUUAAUAAAUAAAUGAAAAAUUUGAAUUAGAAGAAAUCCUUAUUGUAUCUAAUUAGUAAGAGUUGUUAUUUGCAUCUGUUGCUUUAAAAUGUUAAAGAAUAGUUGAAUGUUGCAUAAUUUACAAAGUCUAUAUAUAACUUUUUGUUAAUUGUUCUUAAUUUGCUUUAGAAACCACCAAUUUUGCAUUGUUUAUAAGCUUUAAAUUUUGGCAAUUAUGUCACUGUGUAGAAACUUUUUUUCCUUUGUUAACGAUAAAAUAAGUACUUCCAGAGUGUAGUUUUAAAGAUUUGGUUUCAUUUUUUGUAGGUGUCUGGAAUUUAUGUGUAUGCAUGUGUGUGUUUGUUACAGUGAAGUUCGUAUUUUACAUGAAGCAGAGUUAAUGUUCUGCAUUCCUUUUCAUGUCCAUUUAUUUUACAUAUUGAUAAAAAAAAUAUUUGAUAUAAACUUCAUAAUAAUAAUAAUAGCGAAAUGUGUAAGUAUGCCAUUAUUCAUUGAACAAUGACAUAAAACAAAAUUAUGUAUCUGAAUCCCAUGAAUAGCUUUUUUUUAUUUUCUUGUGUUCAUUUGUUUUUGAAAUUGAUAAAAAUUAUAUUUGAAUUUU